AUGAGAAAUUACGUAAUCGCAUCAUAUUUAUUGUCAGUCGUACUACUGAUAAUAGCAGUCGGUGCCCGGUCGGUCCUCACCAUCUCGGACGAUACCAAUUCAACUUUCUGGCCAUCUAGUGACUCCUCUCAUUUGCAAAUGGAGGCUAGAAGUAAUUACGAUGAUGUUAGUAAGAAUAUUCCUCCACAAACCAUAUCCGAAAUCUCAUUGAACGUUGAAUCUUCGCUGAAAGUCAAGACGGAUGGCCGUCCAGGUUCCCCCUCUGAUCCCAUAAUCUUUCCUCGUAAUAAUAUUCAGUCACGAAAUAAAGGCGAAAUAGUCAGCUUAUCAGCAGCAACAAAAGACAGUUAUCUCGAUGCUCUUGAUUAUUCGCACACGAUGAAAGAAGAUGUGAAGCAAGACUAUGUUCCUCGACCCGUUUAUCGUGCCGAGGAUACUCAUAAUAAUAAUAGUAACAGUAGCAGUGGCAGUAGCAACAAUCCACACGCUCCAGAGACGGAAUCCAAGAUAUCACGGAUCUCCUAUAGUGGAAAUACUUACGACGUACCAGCUAAAUCAUACAUUGUGCCGUCGAUCGAUUUAUCUUACGAAGAACCGCAUCAAGUGCCUUACGGAACCGAGUUUAACUACGAUUCUUACGGUGCGUACGGACUGCCUAACAAUAAAUACAAAGUUACGAAUGUGCAUUCGUAUGGACCUCCGUCGUAUUCAUCAUCGAGCGGUCAUCCUUAUCUGGCGUAUGGAACGUCGCAGCAAGGGCUAGGAUCGUUACAGGCCACUUACAGCACAUCUCAUCCGUUACCUGACUUCUUCCCUUUUACCUUCCUUCCCGCUAUUGAUUUCAGCUGGCCAAUCUCCUUGAAAAUUGACGCCUUCACCUUGAUCAAGAUUGUUCUGAAACUUAUUGUCUUUAAGAUAAUCGUCAAAUUUAUUGCCGUUAUUUGUCUAUUGAUAUUUAUACCGAAACUUAUACACAAAAAACACGCUGUUGAUGAUAUAUCACGCAAAUUUAUGGAACAACCAAAUUUUCCGACCGAACAAUUACACUUGUUGGAAUCGCUCGUUACGAGAUCGAUCGAGCACUACAAGAACAUGAACAGAAACGACACGAAUAGCAAUGCUCCGUGUAAGGAUGCUGCUUGUCGAAUUAAAAGAAGCAAAUUAUUAAUGAGCAAUGACACGUGGAGCGAUUAUGCACGACUAUUUAAGGCUUAUGUUGCCGAAGAAGAGGCCGUGCAAAGGCAAAGUGGGGGGAACCGACGUAGAAGAAGAUGAGAGGCCAUUAUUACAGUUAUAUUUAUACGUUCGCUUUAUUUAUU